AAAGACGGUUCUUCCCAGGUUUCUUAUUUAAUUUCUUCCCGCCCAACUUGUCUUCCUGAGUCCGCCCUCGUCGUCAUGAAUAUGUUAGCGCUUCGGUGGAGCAUGCUUCUAUAUAUUCUACCAUGCGUCCUAUCGGCUCCAACGUUUGUUACAGAUCACCACCGCGUGCACUUAGCCCCUGCGACAAUGAUACAGGCUUCCUCUUCAACCGUCAACACACUCUCACCGCUACCGCUCCACAAUUGGCGACCCCCACUUCGAGAGCAUAGCCCAUCGCCUGCAAAAGGCGCUAGCGGGGACUCCAAACACCAGGGAUCUGUUGCCACUUUCCUCGAAAUUAUUGGAGGCACCAUAGCGAUGGCCAUCAUCCUGAGUGUCAUACGCUGUAUCACCAGCUAUAGAUGCAUACCCAAACGUGACCACAUCGCGGCCGUAAUUGAUAGACACCCAACACAUCGCGAAAUAGAUGAACUGGAGUAUCGGAUGAGCCCGUCGUCCGAUUGCAAGCGCUCGUCCUUGCAAGAGCCACCACCACCUUAUUUUCCCCGGCCGCCCGCGUACGAUAUACUAGAAGAGACACCACCUCCUAGUCCUGUUCGCUCGGAAUUCAUUCAGGUGGAUAUUGCAUGCCCUCCUCCCUCCCGCACAAUAACAUCACAGAGAGGAACACGGCCGAUGCUCCGUAACAUAUAGGAGUAGGAGACAGAAGGAGACAGUCUAAUGUAUAGCACACGUGACGGACGCCUUUUCGCUGCUUUUUCUUGCUAUAGGCCAAGUAUAUAUAGCCGUGUCUGUAGGGGGGGGGGGGGACAUUUU